AUGUGGAUGCCGGAUUUCUCCCCGGUCACCGAGGCCUUCGGAACCCGUUGCCCAGGGCUCCCAGAAGCAGGCGCCGCGCGCGCGUGGCGGACCCUGAGGCGGCCCGCGGGCGAGGCGUCUGGAGCGGCUCGCAGCCCUGGACCUCCCGGUAAGCGUGCGGAGCGGCGCGGGGGGCGGCCCCGGGCCCGGCUGACGCUGUGCGUGGCGCAGGCGGGGGCCCAGCGACGGCGGCGGCGUGCGCGCGGCUUCUCGUUCCCCGUGUGCGAGGGCAAGCCCUUUCAGCUCUGGGCGCUCGGGCUCUGCAGCACCGAGCGCCACCUGGCCCGGCGGCUCAAGAGGAACAGCUUCUACCCAUUCACGCAAGUGCAGCCACAUGUCUUCGCGCUCGAGUACUACCGGGACUCGCUGUGGAAGGGGACGCUGCUCUUCGUUGUCUGCUUCCUCCUGGUCAGCUUCAACAUUGUGAGCCAGGUGCAGAAGCAGGAGACUUGGGGCUUGCCCGCGUGCGGCAUGGUCGUGGGGCUGUGGCUGGUGGUCUCCUCGCUACCUCGGCGGCGCCUGCUGCUGCACUGCAAGCGCGGCUACUACCACUUCUCCAUCCAAGGGCACACCGUGUAUCAGGGCCCCAUGCACCUUAUCUACGUCCGCCUGGCGCUCAGCUCAGACGUCCACGGAAAAUGCUUCUUCCAGCUGGUUUUGAGCGGCUACAAGCUGGAGCCACUGGUGCUGGUGCAGCUGUCCGAGCGCUACGAGCUAAUGGAGUACCUGGGCCGCCACAUCGCCCAGAAGCUCAACAUCAACUACUUCGACUGCCUGGCCUUGUCCUAUCGGCACGUGGUUCGGCACUGGCCGCUAUCACCCUACAUUGACAAAAGGGAGCGCAAGAAAGAAGGCUUCUACAGCUCCUUGACAGACCUGGACCUGUGAGGCCAGGUGCCUCACUGUAGCCCUCCCAGCACUGCCCUGUCCUUCCCUGUUGCCCACAGCCUCCUUUCCCACCAUCAAGCUCCUUCUUGGUUCCAGCCGGUGUUUUUCUCUGAACAGGGAGGGGCCCACUCUGAGUCCCUCCCUAGGUACCCCUGUGUCUGCAAGGAG